AUGCGGGCGGAAACUGUAGUAAUUUGUCUGUUGGAAACUCCUUUUUCACGACGAAGUGAUAUUAAUAAACAGCAAAUAAUUACCGAUGGUCGACCAACACCCCUACUAACCGUUUUGCAAGAAGAAAGUCGUACUAAGAAAACGCGUACUUUUCAACUUUCCUGGUAUAACAGUCACAAAUGGUUAUGUGGAAGUAUAUUUAAGCAACGUUUAUUUUGCUGGCCUUGCUUGUUGUUAGGAACAACAAAAAAUGUGUGGUCGAACGAUGGUUAUAUUGAUUUUAAAAAUAUAUCUCGUAGCGCAAAGAUGCAUCUUAUAUCUAAGGACCAUAUAAAAAAUUCUAUAAACUUAAAACGUUUACAAAAUAACACUGCAACUAUUUUAGAUGCUUUACAAGAAGGUGCUUCGCUUUCUAAAGUUUUAUAUAAUGAGGACGUUAGAUUAAAUCGACUCUUGAUGACCAAUUUGAUAGAUGUUACCCUAUUACUAGGUAAACAAGAGUUAGCAUUCCGAGGGCACGAUGAAACGUCCACAUCGUUGAAUCGUGGAAAUUUUCGGGAGUUUUUUACAGUGUUAAUAAAACGAAAUGAAGAAUUGACCAAACAACUUGAAAAACAUGCACAUGUAUUUUGUGGCCAAUCCAAAACAAUACAAAACGAGCUUAUUUAUUGUGUUAGUGAUUAUACUUUAGAAUAUGUAAAAAAUGAACUAAAAGAUGUGAACUUUAUUGGUUUGAUAGUCGAUGAUACCACUGAUAUUGUCGAAAAGUCUCAGUGCGCCAUAACAAUACGAUAUGUAAGAAAAAAUGGUGAUUUGUGUGAGAGAUUUUUAGGGUUUCACGACGUAAGUAACGACCGUUCUGCAAAUGCUUUGUUUGAACUUGUGACUAGUGUUUUAGAGCCUUAUGACUACAAGGAUAAACUUAUAGCACAAAGCUAUGAUGGUGCUAGCGUAAUGGCAGGAGAGAUAAACGGACUUAAAAGCUAA